UAAUAAAUUUUGAAAUAGAAUAAAUUUAUUAAUAAAUAAAUAAAAAAGGAAUCAAGAAGUAUAUUGUCAUAUUCAAAAGCUAAUAUAUGCACAGUGUCUCGGUAUAUUGCUCAUUUGAAUAAAUUCAUAUCAGACAUAUUAUGAAAAUGGUAUCACAGAAAUCAUCGAUGUUGUUCAUAUCUAUAAAGCAUUGCUCCGCCCAGUUCGGAGACAUUAAACCCUCUUUAAUAUAAAUACUACAACAUGUUGGUCGUUUCCAAUGCCCAUUGGAACAUGUUCCAAAUAACAAAUAAUACUCUGUGAAGAAAAAUGGUAAGUGUAGAAGUGUGUUUUCUUCUUCAAAAUUUCUGAUUUCAAGACGAUAACUCUACCAUCACAUACAUUACAGAAGUCAUUUGGUUGAACUUUCUUUUUUUUGCAGAAGUACUUGUUCAUAUUUAUUUUGCCUUUCUCAACUUACGGCUUUGACUUGCCUUCAAGUGACGAAUGGCCGACUGAAACAGAUUUUGAUGAAGCAUUUCGUUUGACCUCAUGGAUCAGCAACGAAACUGUAAAAUUUAUUCUUUUAGAUUACCUUAUCCUGUGUCCAGAACAGGACAUGUGUCUGGGGCAGAUGUUUAAACGAAACUACACUUUCACCCAACAGCCUGCCUGUACACCUUGUGAAUGCGACGAUUCCUGCGUUAGACGAGCCACCUGCUGUCCCUCCAAGUUCUACAGACAGACGGACACUCCAGACUUCAUUGAAUACCAACAUAAUGUAAACGUUACAGAGAAUGAUGUGCCUUUGUCAUGCGCGGAGCCGCUUUGGAACCCAAUAGGAAUCAAGACUGGAAAGUCGUACUGGAUGGUGGAAACGUGUCCUGAUGAAGUUAUUUGUAUCUCACCACCCUCUGAAAAUGUUUCGAGCUCUACCCCUGUAACGUCAUUGGCUACCAAUCAAACCUAUAGUAACAUGCAAUGUGCAUUGUGCAACCAAGAAGAAGUACCUAAUCUUGUAACUUGGGAGAAGAAAAAGAUUUGUAUUAUGAGAUCUGAUCUCAUGUCCCCCGAGGAUAUCAGUACUCUUUAUCAGUCCGUCAUUUCUGAGUCUCCGAUUUGCAAUGUUGGAUUUUACCCUCCUACAUCGACUGAGCAUGUAGUCAAACCAUGCGUUACUUAUACAUACGAUGUUAAUUGCAACGACGUCGAACUGCGAAUUCUGAUUGAUAUAUCUUAUUUAACGAAGGCGUGUCAGGAGAAUUAUCUACCAUACUAUUCUAAUCGUAAACUCUACAAAAACGUUUUCUGUGCCCUGUGUGAGUUUAAUGUUUUUGAUCUAAACAUUCAGUACGGAGACAGGGGAAUUUUUGAUGAUUCCAUCAUUACUCCUUUUUCAGCUCUUAUGAAUUUUCAACAGGUUGUAGAAGCACCAAGCACAAAGAACAGUAGAUGUAAAGAAAACCAGAUUUUUGACGAAACAUUGAAAAAAUGCCUUGAUAUUCAAUGUGAAGCGGAGUACAUUUAUCAAAACUCUGCAUGCAGCCUCAUCCAUAAAAUGUUAGAAGCAAUGAACUAUGAGGUAAAUCUCGUUGUUACUUCUGCUGAUGACACAUCAGUGGAAAUAUAUACAACGAGUGUCGUGGAUUCUUUGCAAGGCGUAUUACAGCUUUACAAUUUGACCGACUAUUUAUGUAGAAUGGUAGCAUUAGUUCCAUCAGAUCAUUCAGAUGGUAAUUUUCUUGCUGUAGUAAUAGAACUUUCCAUACAACAUCUUCACGAUGUAGAUAAUAUGAUCCAGCACUUAAUAGAUAUUUUCAACAGCCACCAGAAGUUGGCGUUAAUUGUUGAGCCAUUGAUAGGCGAAGUUAAUCUUUCUUUGUCAUUAGUUGGACAGAGCUUUCAUGUGUACGGUAGUGCACUAUUUGAGAAAUCAUUGAAUAAUCGUUUAUACAUAAAUCCAAUGAGUGGAAAAGAAUUGAUAGUUUAUCAAAGUGAGAAUUUGGCAUAUGACGGAUAUAAUUCACAGCGCUCUCAUUGUUUUAGAGGUCAUAUGAUGUCCACAGUAGCUGAUUGGUAUCGUUGUCCAAAAGUAAAAAUAAAGUCAGCAGAUGCAAAGAUUGGUGUAUCGAACUUCACAGUAUGCCUAAUCGAUUACGAUGCAUGCUUUGCCUCAUAUUAUUUUAAAGAGUCUUUAGAUAAACGCAGUGUUUAUAUAUGCUUAGACCAGUACUUAAAAGCUGUUGAGGCUACGAAGGGUAUUAUCAGGACAGCGGACGAUAGCUUGAUGGCCCCUCUUUCUCUAGCUUGUCUCUCCCUUUCGUCCCUAGGUUCACUCGCAACAAUAUUUACUUUCAUUUUCAAUAGACCAUGCAGUCGAAUUGCAGAUGUCAAUAUUAUAAUUCUAGCAGCAAUCCUAAUUUUUGCGAACACAGUUCACACCGUAUCUAAAUAUUUUCUCUGGAGUCAAACUUUGUGCAUAGGGGUUGGUAUGUUGGUGCAUUUUUGCUGGCUUUCUGUCAUCUGCUGGAUGAGUUUAUCUUCUUUUCAAAUAUUUCACACAUUUACGUCUUUUAACUUGACGAAAGUAAAAGUAAUUCCCAGGGUUCUAACUUCCUUGAUGGUAAAUCUAUUUAUAUGUUCAUCUUUAGUAGCUACAAAUGUAAUUCAAAGCUAUGUCACAAGUAAUGGAGAGAAUCUAGGCUAUUCUGUACUUACCUGUUAUAUCGCUGACCCCGAGAUGAUUUUGUAUACCUUUACUCUGCCUGUUGGAUUGCUCGUCUGUAUCAAUAUAUUUAUGCUUGCUGUAACGGUGUUCAGAAUUUCAAAUAAAGUAGACGUCCAAAAGUCAAAGGAUAAAGAAAGGACAGGAGCAUACUUUCGUCUCUCAACAAUCGCUGGAGCGACAUGGAUAUUUGGAUUUUUGGAUCAGUUUACUGGAUUUCAAUUCUUUUCAAUCUUGCAUACUCUUUUUAAUGGUGGACAGGGUGUUUUUCUUUACCUUGCUUUUGGGGCCCCCCUGCCGAAUAUAAAAUCAAUUGUAUCUCGUUCACAUGCAUCGAAAUCCGUCGAGAGCACUGAACGUUAUUGAGAACUAUUACUACAUACUACUAUAUUAUACCAGUUAAGAGGGCUG